AUGGAGUUGUCACCACCACAACCAUCUCCACCCAACCCUUUCAUUACACUUCCACCACCACCACCACCACGUCGCCACCAAACUCCACCUUCACCUCCACCGCCGCCAUAUUCCAUUACACCUCCUUCUCCACCAUCUCCCAUUACACCUCCUCCUCCUCCUCCCCAGAAAAACUCAAAAUCAACAUCAAGUUCUUUCAUCGUGCCUACAACUACAACCCGAUCCGAAAGGGAGUUGUCACCACCACAACCAUCUCCACCCAACCCUUUCAUUGCACUUCCACCACCACCACCACGUCGCCACCAAACUCCACCUUCACCUCCACCGCCGCCAUAUUCCAUUACACCUCCUUCUCCACCAUCUCCCAUUACACCUCCUCCUCCUCCUCCUCAGAAAAACUCAAAAUCAACAUCAAGUUAUUUCGUCGUGCCUACAACUACAACCCGAUCCGAAAUGGAGUUGUCACCACCACAACCAUCUCCACCCAACCCUUUCAUUAGACUUCCACCACCACCACCACCACGUCGCCACCAAACUCCACCUUCACCUCCACCGCCGCCAUAUUCCAUUACACCUCCUUCUCCACCAUCUCCCAUUACACCUCCUCCUCCUCCUCCUCAGAAAAACUCAAAAUCAACAUCAAGGUUAUAA